AGCUCCACGCGCAACCUCUCAGUAUACUGCAUUCAUGUUACAAAAUCCACUGGGAAAUAGGGCUAGACCAUUUCAUAGUUCGGGAUAUUUUGGCAUCCUCGUUAUAUUCUAACAUCAGAACAUUUAAAGACGACAGGCAACAUCUUUUUUGAAUGGAAAUUAAUUUCGUUCGGAAAGCCCUGCCCUUCAAUUGAAUAGUAUUUGUAUAUUUCUCCAUGACCCCUAUCUUCAUUGGAAUGGUUGUUCCUUUACACUGCCAUGUUGGAUGGAUGUAUCGAUGCUGCAGCUGGAGUUCGGAAUGAAAGUUUAGAAUUUGCAUUCUGCAAAGAUUGGGGUUCCCACCAUUUAGUCAUGGAGGUUGUUAUCCAACAACCAGGAUCCUGAAAUAUUUCAUUUUGCAGACCUCUACCUUUGAAACAACGUCAUGAGAUGAUCCGGUUGCAGGCCAUGGCGACCAAAGGCUGCACCAAUUUGAUGUAAUGUUCAAGAGUAAAACAGUUAAUUUUGUUUAUUGAGAAGUUAUUUACGAACAUGAAUAGCCAUUCUCAGCAGCGGCGGGUUGGAAAUAUUGGCUCCAUACUCCUCACCCCGCAAGAGAACGAAUGCCUAUUCAACUACCUGGGCAGGAAAUGCAAUACCCUGUGCUCAGCGGUGGUCCAGGUGUAUGGGGCAGACAGGAGCUCAUCCUGGAUGAAGAGGUGCUGCGGAGUAGCCUGUCUGAUCAAGGAUAACCCUCUGAGGUCCUACUUCAUCAGGGUCUUUGACAUCAAGGAAGGGAAAACCAUGUUUGAACAGGAGCUCUACAAUAACUUCUCAAUCAACAGCUCUAGGUCGUAUUUCAUUUCAUUCGCAGGAGAUAACUGCCAGGUAGGCCUGAACUUCGCUAGCGAGGAAGAGGCCAAGCGAUUUAGAGCCGCACUUAACGAGCUACUCGGCAGACGCCAACGUAAAACGGAGAAAAGAUGUGACCCUGCAAAUGGCCCGGCUCUCCCUAUGGCCACAGUGGACAUCAAGAACCCAGAGAUUAACAAUGUGCGCUUCCACAACUCUCAGCAGCAGCUUCCCCAGCCACACCACAUCAACAACAUGCUGCACAGCAGCCUCAGCAAGAAGGAGAAGAAAGUCAAGUGCAAGAGGAAGAAGCUCACCAAGGCAGACAUAGGCACCCCCAGCAACUUCCAGCACAUCGGCCAUGUGGGCUGGGACCCAAACACAGGCUUCGAUUUGAAUAACCUGGACCCAGAGCUGAAGAACCUGUUUGACAUGUGUGGCAUCUCAGAGGCGCAACUCAAAGACAAGGAGACCUCCAAGGUCAUCUACGACUUCAUCGAGAAGAAAGGAGGGGUGGAGGCCGUCAAGAACGAGCUCCGUAGGCAAGCCCCACCACCUCCUCCCUCUCGGGGAGGCCCACCUCCCCCUACCCCGCCCCACAGCUCGGGCCCAGCUCCCCCACCACCACCAUUGCGAGGUGGCCGGGGUGCCCCGCCACCUCCACCCUCUCGGGCCCCCACCUCGGCCCCUCCCCCACCCCCACCCUCCAGGCCUGGUGCCCUAGGAACCCCCCCUCCACCCCCGCCCCCCACCAGAGGGGGCCACCACCAGCCACCACCACCUCCUCCUCCACCCUUGCAUGCCAACACAGCACCCCAGGCUGCACCACCACCUCCCCCACCAGCACCACCACCCUCCGGUUGUGGAGCCCCUCCACCACCACCUCCACCACCCCCACCUGGACCCCCGCCCCCUCCAGAGUUGGACUGUGGUGUGCCGUUGUCCCGCUCACCCCAGGGCUCGGGGGGUAAGUCUGCCCUGCUGGAGCAGAUCCGUGGGGGCACCCAGCUGAAGAAGGUGGAGGCACCGGUCUCCAAACCACCGGCCACCACUGUGGGGCGCGAUGCGCUGCUCGAUCAGAUACGGCAGGGCAUCCAGCUCAAAACUGUACCAGACGGCCCAGACUCUGGCUCCCCUACACCAGCACCCUCGGCAGGCAUAGUGGGGGCACUUAUGGAAGUAAUGCAGAAGAGGAGCAAAGCCAUCCACUCCUCAGAUGAAGAUGAUGAUGAUGACGAAGAGGAUUUUGAAGAUGAUGACGAAUGGGAUGACUAGUUACGUCUUUCCUCCCCCAACACCUGUUCUGACACUAAACUGAUCCUAAAAUCUUCCAAAAGCCUGACUAAAAUUGUAAUGUAAAUGUUCCAUGAAUUUGGUGUAUAUUUAUUGUUGCCUUUUUAUUAAUCUGUGCAAUACCUUGUUCAUUUAAUCUGUAAAGUCUUUUUUUUCCACAUACCCUCUGUAGAGUCUCUGUGAACACUUUCCUGGAACUCUGCUCACAUCGCCGUUAAAAGCAUGACAUCAAUUAUAUAGUCUGUUUAUAAGGGCUCCCGAGUGGCGCAGGGGUCUAAGGCAUUGCAUCUCAGUGCUUGAGGCGUCACUACAGUCCCUGGUUCGAUUCCAGGCUGUAUCACAACCGGCCGUGAUUGGAAGUCCCAAUAGAAAAGUCAUAACUGUUAAUGGUAAUAAGCUGAGAUGCUUAGGCUGACUACCGCUGUAUAUGAUGUAUUAUUACCACCAACGACACCUGGGGUCUGUUCAGGAUGGUGCAAUGUCACAGAACUUCCAGAUAGAAACACAUUUUGUAAUAUUGAUAUGAUUGUCUGUCCUCAAGAAUAGAGUCUUAUACAUUUAUCAGCUCUUUACAUUACAUUUGUCUCCAACGUUCUGAGCAUUUAGCCCGAAGGAGUAACACUGUACAUUGCUGCUAUGUCAUGCUUAUGACAGCCUAAAGACGCUCUAUAACAGCAGGUUCAAGCAGUACGGUAUCUGCUGGAUUAACCAUGUGCAAUUUUAUUUGGGAUAUAUUUCAUUGGUGCGUUACUAUUAAAUGUUGCUGUAUGUUCUCGUUGGUAAAGAAAGGGAGAUGAGAAACAAACGGACGGGAUCCUCAUGUCGUUAUUGUUGGUUGACGCAAGAUAACACUAUUUUCCUACCCUACUUUUUUGUACCUUUUUGAUUUUCUUAAAGAGAUCCUAGUUUAGCAAAGUUAUUUUAUGGAGUCCACUUAUUAGAAUUGUAAGCCACAAUUGACUCAAAUGUUUUCAAUGCUAGUAUGUUCACAGCUGGUGUCUUUGCACAAUUUCAAAAUUGAAUUUAUUAUAAGAGUAACAGUGCGGUGUCAUAGUUGUGUUCCAACGAUGUGCUUAUUCAGUGACAGGGAAGACAAAGAUUCCCAUGGGUAGGAUCACUGUAUGCUUAUUCAGUGACGGGGAAGACCAAGAUUCCCAUGGGUAGGAUCACUGUAUGCUUAUUCAGUGACGGGGAAGACAAAGAUUCCCAUGGGUAGGAUCACUGUAUGCUUAUUCAGUGACGGGGAAGACAAAGAUUCCCAUGGGUAGGAUCACUGUAUGCUUAUUCAGUGACGGGGAAGACAAAGAUUCCCAUGGGUAGGAUCACUGUAUGCUUAUUCAGUGACGGGGAAGACCAAGAUUCCCAUGGGUAGGAUCACUGUAUGCUUAUUCAGUGACUGGGAAGACAAAGAUUCCCAUGGGUAGGAUCACUGUAUGCUUAUUCAGUGACGGGGAAGACAAAGAUUCCCAUGGGUAGGAUCACUGUAUGCUUAUUCAGUGACGGGGAAGACAAAGAUUCCCAUGGGUAGGAUCACUGUAUGCUUAUUCAGUGACGGGGAAGACAAAGAUUCCCAUGGGUAGGAUCACUGUAUGCUUAUUCAGUGACGGGGAAGACAAAGAUUCCCAUGGGUAGGAUCACUGUAUGCUUAUUCAGUGACAGGGAAGACAAAGAUUCCCAUGGGUAGGAUCACUGUAUCCAUGGGUAGGAUCACUGUAUCCGUGGGUAGGAUCACUGUAUCCGUGGGUAGGAUCACUGUAUCCGUGGGUAGGAUCACUGUAUCCGUGGGUAGGAUCACUGUAUCCGUGGGUAGGAUCACUGUAUCCGUGGGUAGGAUCACUGUAUCCGUGGGUAGGAUCACUGUAUCCGUGGGUAGGAUCACUGUAUCCGUGGGUAGGAUCACUGUAUCCGUGGGUAGGUUCACUGUAUCCGUGGGUAGGAUCACUGUAUCCGUGGGUAGGAUCACUGUAUCCGUGGGUAGGAUCACUGUAUCCGUGGGUAGGAUCACUGUAUGCUUUUUGCCAGUCAUGCUGCUCUUAAAGCAGCUUCUGCUUGAACUUUUUAUUUUAUUGUACUCCACUCGUGAUUGACACUACGAAGGUGUCCUGCGUUAAAUGAUAACUAAUACAGAAUCACACAAAUAGGCUCAUAUCAAUCAUUUAGGUUUUGUGCUGCGCUCGUUUCUUUUCUGUCACUUAGUGUACCUGUUACGAUUCCCAAACGUAUUAUUCUCUCCUUCCUGCUGAAAUGAAAAUAAUUUUUUUUUCAGGUCAGUUUUCAUAUGUACCGGCUAUAAAUGUCUUCCCUUUUUUUGUUUUUACAAACCAUUACUUUUAUGGGAUGAAUCUCUAAAUACCUCCAUACAAAAGUUAAUACUGAACCAAAAUUGGCAUUUGCAUGAAGCGUCUACAAGGUUUUGGUUUGACUCUCCUGAAAGGUUUUGAGAUGGUAAUGAAGCUCAUCCUCCACCAAGGUGAUUGCUGCGUUUUUAGAAACCUUCAAAUGGGUUGGGAAAAGCGAUGGAAAUAAAUUGUAUACUUA